CGUCGUCCGCUGCCGCUGCGAGGCCGCGCCGGGCGGCGGCUGCCGCGACGAGUUCGAGGUCGCGGCCGCCGACGGCCGCGGCCUCGGCGCGGGCGCGCGCGACGAGCUCCGGCGCGCGCUCGAGGCCGCGGCCGGCGCCGACGCGCCGCGCGCGACGACGCUCCGCGUGGCGGCGCCGGACCGGCCGGGCCUCCUCGCGUCCAUCGCCGCGAGCCUCGACGCGCUGAGCCUCAGCGUCGUCGGCGCGCGCAUCACGACCGUCGACGCGCCCGACGCGCGCGAGCCGUCGGCCGUCGACGCCUUCGACGUCGUCGACGCGGACACGGGCGCGCCCGUGCUCGACCCCGCGCGGCUCCGGCGCAUCGAGGCGCGCCUCGCGGAGGACAUCGGCGACGCGCCGCCGCCGCCGCCGCCGCGCGCCGCGCCGGCGGGCGACGACGCGCCGCGCGUCGCGGCGCGGGGCGCGUUCCGCGCGGGCCGCGCGGCGGCGCCGCGCGACGCGGCGCCCGCGGGCCAGUCGCCGCCGCGCGACGCGUCGCCGGGGGGCCAGUCCCCCGCGUCCCUCUACGACGCCCUCAUGGAGCGCACGAGCAGCUUCGAGUCGCUCCUCUCCGCGUCCGAGCCCUCGGCCUCGCCGCCGGGCGCCCGCGACGACGACGACGACGCGUCCGUCGACUACGCGAACGUCUUCGCGGCGUCGAGCUGCCGGCGGAAGAUCGACGGCGCCAAGCCCGCGGUGCUCAACCGCCACGUGAGCCGCUGCGUGAGCCGCUUCUACUACGAGCGCGACGCGCGCGGCACCGUCGCCGCCGACGUCGCGCUCCGUGUCACGCUCGACGCGUGCAUGGACCGCGGCGACGCGCUCUGCGCGUUCUGGGCCUUCGACGGCGCGGGCGCCGCGCCGCCGACCCGCCCGCGGCCGCGCCGCCGACCCGCGCGACGCCCAGGCGACGCGGACGCGGCCUUCGUCGCGGCGGCCUGCGGCGCGCCCGCGGCCGUCGGCGGCAAGCGGAAGCGGCCGGCGGCGGAGGCCGCGUCCCUCGAGGACCUGCCCGCCAAGGUCGCCGAGGUCUCGCUCGAGGUCGCGCCCCCGCCCCCCGCGCGGCCGCCCCUCGACGCGGCGGCCGCCGCGCGGCUCGUCGCGGCGGCCGCCGCGGACGUCGAGCGCGGCGACGACCUCGCGGAGCGCGGCGGCGACCGCGACGCGGCCGCGCGGGCCUACCACCGCGGCGCGACGCGCCUCGAGGGCGUCCGCGCGGCCGCGGGCAACCUCGGGCCCGCGGAGAAGCGCCGCGUCGCGUCGGAGCUGCGCCACGCGCGCCGCGGCGCGCGCGACCGGAGCGCGCUCCUCGAGAACGCCGUCGUCGAGCGCGCGGCCUACGACGGCGGCGACGAGGACCUCCGGGCGUCCCUGAGCCGCCAGGGCAGCGCCGAGGCGCCGCCCCCGCGCGGCGGCGGCCCCGGCGCGCCCGCGGACGACCGGCCGUUCGCGUCGUGCCUCGACGGCGCCGCGGACCUGUCCGGGUCGUGCUGCGCGCUCGCGGGCGCGCGGCACCUGUCGCCCCAGGGCUCCUUCGACGGGUCCUACGCGGACGCCGACGGGCCGCCCGACGCGCCGCGGCGGCCGCCCGAGGCGCUCGACGACGCGUACGCGCUCGGCGACGCGCUCGGCCGCGGGUCCUACGGCGUCGUCGCGCGCGGCGCGCGGCGCCGCGACGGCGCCGCGUUCGCCGUCAAGACCAUCGGCCUCGGCGGCGACGC